AAGUCAUUUGAUGAUCUAAAUGUAUUGUGUCCAAUUGUACGUUUUUAGUCGUAGCCCUUGUCAAAAAUUUCCUUGUUUGGAGAAGACCACAAUCCCUUUACCUAAAAUGUGGUAAAUAUGGUUGUUGGCAAUGAUGUACCUACCGACGUCACAAUUCCCAAAUUCGGCGGACAUUGGAAUUUAACUAAUUUAAAUACAUGAUUGCGAUCAGGUGACUACUUAGUGAACAUCAAGUUUUUGAGACACUAACAAUUCAAGAUUUGGAGAUAUUAACGAAAGUAUAGGCAAGACCGAGAGCCAAAAAUCUGAAUUUAUCUGAAAGUGGUAAUGGAUAAAUGAUAAACAUUACUCUCGUGGCCUUUACAAGUUCCAGUUAUACAGUUUUAGUAAUGCGAAUGUGUUUGUUGUUUUUCUUUAAUCGUGUAUACGCUUUCGUGUGCGAUGAACAGUUGCCGAAACGAAAUAAAUUUUAGUGUUUCCCGUUAUGAUAUAGUGCAACAAUAACGAUGAAGUUGUGCGGUUUAUUUUUCCUCGUGAUAAGUUUGGGCUAUUGGAAAAAUUCUUUAGCCUUUGGCACCGUUAUCACCCGAGAAUUGUGCGACCAAAGCUACAUGCUAAAUUUGGCACCUACUGGCAGGGCGUCUUCAGUGACAAUCCUUUUAAAUCCGAAGGAUCAGAAGAAAGUUUGCAGACUAAAUAUUACAGCACCCACAUCUCAUGUUAUAAAUUUGCAAUGGCAAAAAGAAGCUGAAGAGCAAGAAAAUGACACAUUAGAUAGCUCCCCUUGUCCAUUAAGUGUGUUUCUUCCUGAUUAUAGAACCGUCUCAGUUUGGAAAGGUAACCCUUGCAUGAAAGAGAAACUGCCAGAUGUAGACUUGCUAACGCCCAAUCUAAUGCUCACAUGGAAUCCGCCGCGUUUUGCGAAACACGUGAGAGGAAGAAAAUUGAUAAUUACGGCGGUGGGGCAAGACGAGGUCUGCAUCCAAAAGAGGCAACACGUAUGCAUGCGAAUCGGGUGGAAGCCUAUGCUGUGUAUUUCCGAAGAAUUAGUUUGUGACGGAAACCUGAACUGUCCGAAGGGGUCGUCGAGAAGUGAUGAAGAUCCGGUAUUGUGCAAGUCCUUUUCACUGGAUCGCAGUUCUUGGAAACGUGUAGCGGAGGGCGUUAUCGGGAAAAACAAGUCCGAAAAACAGGAAGAUUUAAUGAGUCUGAAGGACGUAAAGUCAUACGAAGUUACGCUUCCUGACCAUGACCACCAUGACACAGGCGACUCCGUAUCGGCGGCGAUCGCCCAUUACGGUACUUGGGGUUACCUGAUGCUAGCAAUGCUAAUUGUUGGAACGAUACUUAUGUUUUGCGGAUUGUGGGAGUGUUGCUUCAGAAAACCUAAGCCGCAGCUGGACCUGCAACCAGCAGCACCAUCAACAACAGUUCUAAUUAUAAACCGCACACAAGACAGCUCUGGCACGCGUCCUCCAAACUAUGACGAAUUGGAUCAGCCCCCUCCAUACGCCGCUCUAUUCCCCCAUAACAAGACGAAGGUGGAGAGAGACAACGUGAUUAGGAGACACGAGCCGGUCACUGAGGAGUCGGUAAAUGAGGCAUUCUCAAGUGCAUGUGAUAGCAGUGACGAGCAAAGUGACUCGUACGUUAGUAUAGACGAUUCGAGCAAUCGACUUUAUAACUCAUCCAGCAGUAAUGAGUUGGAAAGAGUUAGUGAUAGACAUACUUCUCCUGUUUUUUGUAUUGUAACUAGCAUGUAGGUAAUUGUGAUAUAUUAUAGACUGAAAGGACUAAUCUGUU